AUGGAAAAUUAUUAUAAAAGAGUUUCAAAUGUGUCACAUUUUCCUGAGGUGGAGGUUGACAAUUCAAAAAGACAAAAAGUUUCAAUUAUGUCACGUUUUCUUGAAGUAGAGGUUGACAAUUCAAAAAUAAAUUGUACUUCAAUUGAUAUGACUAAUCUUCCUACCGAUCUUGGGUUGCGACCUCCAAUUUCCAGUUACAACCCAAAUAUACAAGAUGAAAUUCGAAGAUAUUAUCUACAACAAGGUUCUUGUCAACCAAGAAGUUAUGAAUUUCCUAAGACAUUCUUUGGAAUGAAGGACCAUCGAUUCAACAUUGCAUGGUUUGAUCAAUUUUCUACUUUGUUGGAAUAUAGCAUCAUUAAGGAUUCUGCAUUUUUUCUGUUUUGCUAUCUUUUCAAAUCAAACAUUGGAAAACAAGCUGGUGGCAACACAUUUGUUAGUGAGGGUUUUUCAAAUUUGAAGAAAAUGAGCAUACUUGAAAAACAUAACAUCAAAGAUCGAAUAAGUUACCGUGUUCGAUUAAUUGCUUCUGUUGAUUAUAUUCACUUUCUUGUACGACAAGGUCUUACAUUUCGUGGUCAUGAUGAGACCCAAGAUUCUAAUAAUCAAGUUGAUGAAUCUCAUGAUGUAUCUAUAAAGGAGCAAAUGUUCAUAAUGUUUUGUUAUGUGGACAAGAGAAGAUUACGAGGCCAAGGGUAUGAUGGAGCUAGUAACAUGAGUGGAGAGUUUAACGGGUUGAAAAGUAUUAUCAUGAAGGAGAAUGAAUGUGCUUUGUUUUGUCCAUUAUUUUGCUCAUCAACUACAAUUAGCACUCUUGGGUGUGGCAAAGAAGCAUGA